AGGUCGCGCCAUGUCGUCUAGAGGUGUGUGAGAAGCCGCCAAUAGAAGAGCUCCAAGUAGCCACGUGGGCAACCGCCCCACACAACCCACCUGCAAAGGGCCAAAGCUCCGACUCCUCUAAUGGCAGUCAACGCUUGAUAAGAGAUAGAAAGGGAGAGAGAGUGUGAGAGGGAGAGAGAGAGAACGGUGUCCCUUUGCAAAAUCUGAGAUUGUUCCCGUUUUAUCUUCUCUGGAGUCCUUUUGCACAGAAGGGGACAGCCCAAAUGGUUGGCCUUUUUGUGGGCUCUAGGAUUGUGGUGAAUUUGGCGAAUUGGGUUUCUAAUUAGAUCGUGGAGGGCAGAGAUUUUUCACUUUCCCUGUUUUUCUUUUCGCGGUUUUUCUUCUCUCUUCUUUUUGGGUGAUCUUUUGUGUUGCAUGGGUAGCGGUUAUUUUUGUUAAUUUGUUGGAGAACGAUAGAGUGGCGGCUAGGGAAUUGAGGGGAUGGGGAAACUGGGGAGUGGUCGGAAGAACUAUUCUGUCUUGCCGACGGACUAUAAGUUACUCGAGGAGAUCGGUUACGGCGCCAGUGCUACCGUCUACAGAGCGAUCUACCUCCCUUUCAAUGAAGUUGUUGCAGUGAAGUGCUUGGAUCUCGAUAGAUGCAAUAGUAAUCUGGAUGACAUACGACGUGAGGCUCAAACUAUGAGUCUAAUUGACCACCCAAAUGUGAUAAGGGCUUAUUGCUCUUUCGUUGUGGAUCGGUGCCUUUGGGUUGUUAUGCCAUUUAUGGCUGAAGGAUCAUGCCUGCAUUUAAUGAAGAUUGCGUAUCCUGAUGGAUUUGAAGAGCCAGUGAUAUGUUCUAUUCUCAAAGAGACACUGAAAGCUUUGGAGUAUCUCCAUCGACAUGGGCAUAUUCAUCGGGAUGUGAAGGCAGGAAAUAUCCUUCUAGACAGUGGCGGGAUUGUGAAGCUUGGUGACUUUGGUGUUUCUGCAUGCAUGUUUGACAAGGGUGAUAGGCAGCGUUCAAGGAAUACUUUUGUUGGAACACCAUGCUGGAUGGCACCGGAGGUGCUACAACCUGGUAGUGGAUAUGAUUUCAAAGCGGACAUUUGGUCAUUUGGAAUAACUGCACUAGAAUUGGCACAUGGUCAUGCACCCUUUUCGAAGUAUCCUCCAAUGAAGGUUCUUCUGAUGACCAUCCAAAAUGCUCCACCUGGUCUUGAUUAUGAGCGGGAUAAAAAGUUUUCAAAGUCUUUUAAGGAAAUGGUUGCUAUGUGCUUGGUGAAAGAUCAAACUAAGAGGCCAACUGCAGAGAAAUUGUUGAAGCAUUCUUUUUUCAAACAUGCAAAGUCGCCAGAAGUAUCCGUAAAACACAUUUUGGCAGAUUUGCCCCCACUGUGGGACCGUGUGAAGGCUCUCCAGCUCAAGGAUGCUGCUCAAUUAGCCUUGAAGAGAAUGCCAUCAGCAGAGCAAGAAGCACUAUCUCAGAGCGAGUAUAAGAGGGGAGUUAGUGCAUGGAACUUUGAUAUUGAGGACUUGAAAGCUCAAGCAUCUCUGAUCCAAGAUGAUGAAGAUCUUAUUGGUAUGAGAGAGGAAGAUGAGGAUCCCAGAAUACUAAUGAAGGAUAAGGCCUCAUCUUCAUCUCAUACUUCAUCAGGAAAAUCAGCACUUACGGCUGUCAUUGGCAGAGAGAACACAAGAAAUGCUUCCGUUUCAGAAGGCAGACACUCAAAAGAGGAGGUAGUGUCAUUAGAAUCAGCUGUCUCUACUAAUGAGCCUACAACUGAGAUCCAAUCUUCGACACCAAAAGGCAAAAUAGGGAAGAGCUGUGGAGGUGAAGAUAAGGUGAAAAACAAUGGUGGGAAUCACACUUUGAACAAAUCCAAUGGUGAACAACCUGUCCCUUCUCGUGCUCCUAGUUUAGAGGGGGAGUUAGGGCCCGACAGGGGUGAACUCAGCAGUCAGUCAGCAUCUGAAAAAGUAUCCAAACGUGAUGCCCGUAAAGAGUCCAAUCUUAGUGGGCCUUUGAUGCUCCCAAAGCGAGCUUCCAUGAACAGUUUAUCAGCUCCUAUCAGAACAUCAGGUGGCUAUAGAGAUCUGCUGGAGGACAAAACAAAGGCAAAUGUGGUCCAAAUUAAAGGUCGUUUCUCAGUGACAUCUGAAAAUGUGGAUGUUGUAAAGGAUAUUCCUUUGUGUGCAAUAUCACGAAGAUCUCAGUCUUCUGAUCCUCAGGAAUCUCAGCUAAGAAAAUCUGCUAGUGUUGGCGAUUGGCAGCAUGAUAACAAGCCAAUGCCUGUAAUGCCCAAAGAAAUUUGUGAUGGUUCAGCCUCACCAUCAGCUCUUGUGGGACACUUACAAAACCUUUUCCAGCAAACAGUAGUUCAACAGGAUCUCAUCACGAAUCUAAUAAGUAGCCUGCAGCAAAAUGAGUUUGUAGAUGGGAAAUUGUCAUCUCAAGUUCCAACUCUUGGCAGUGAUGCACUGAAUGAGGCAGCUCCCUCUGAAAGAGAGCGACUACUGCUGACUAAGGUUUCAGAGUUGCAAAACAGGGUGUCAAGUCUAACUGAUGAACUCAUGGCAGAAAGAGCAAAAUACAUGCAUUUACAACAGCAGCUAAAUGACAUUCCUAACCGGGAAAAGAUUGCAGUGAAGAAAGUAGGAAAAAUAGACACCUGAAGCUGAAUUGUACAAAUUGUCUUGUGUGUUUGUUUUCUGUCUGGUUUAAGUGCCCAAAAUGCAGAUGCCAUCACUCAUUUGCUGGAUGCUGUUGUGCUUCUUCAAAUAUUUUGACGAGGGCUCCACUGGUCGAUGACAUUUGUACACAGCCUCCUCAGAAGAAGCACCAGCCUUCCUGAGACAUUUCUUCUAACGGGUUGCGGAGGCCCACAAUUCAACUGCAGUUGGAGGUUUUGAAAACUGCAGUCGUUGGAUUAUGACAAUCAGGUGCAAUUGUCAGUCAGGAGCGGAAAAACCAGCUAAUAUCAGCUUAGGAGAGAGCUCCUGUGAGUGUGCAGAGUUAUUUUGUAGACAUAUAAUAAUAAUAUUUUAUCAUGGAAGGGCGGUGUCAUUGCGGUUAAUAAUGGCGAACUGCAACUUUUUUGUAAGCUAUAUCUCUUGUUGUUGUCUUCUUUUUGAGGGUAUUAUGUAUCGGAUUCUUGUUCAGAAUAUCAUCAGUUAAUAAUAUAAUCAUGGGCGAAGAAUGAUUCACCAUA